AUGGCUCGCGCUAAAUUUACAGUGAGCUCUUCGCAGGUGGCAUUAGAGAGUCAGGAGAAUGUCGAUGGAGAGCAAGCUACCGUCGUAGUUACAGACGACAACGUCAAGGGAUGUUGGCUGUCGACGUGGGAAAUGCUGCUCAUCGCUGGGAUGGCAGCUGUGCUUGUGACAGCGUCAGGACUCGUCGUUGGUCUGACGGUGCCGGACUGCGGGGAGGCGCCGUCACCACCCCCUACUAAGCACGACGGGUGGCGUACCCCAGACACGGUAACGCCUCUACACUACGCGAUAGAACUGAAGCCUUACCUAGAUCCAGCUGACAUGGACCCGGAGGAUUUCUAUUUCACAGGAAACGUUAACAUUACCGUGCGAUGUGACAAGGAGACAAACAGAAUCUACCUGCACACGCGGCGGCUGGAGGUGUCCGCCAUACAGGUGUACUCCGCCAAUGACGACACGGCAGCAGCCGUACCCGAGUUUGUCACGUCAAGUUACGAUGCGGAGCGAGAAUUCCUGAUGGUAGAUCUACGGAGCAAGCUCAACGUCGGUGCAACCUACUACCUGUACAUGGAAUUCACGGGGAAACUAGUUAAGGAUCCGAACGCGAUGAAUGGUAUAUAUCUGAGCAGCUACACGUCUGCAAACGGAACUGAAAUGUGGCACAUGGCUAGCCAGCUAGAAUCGACCUCAGCUCGACGAGUCUUCCCUUGCUUUGAUGAGCCGAGUUUUUCUCCGACAUACGAGGCUGUUAUCUGGAGGAAGAAACAUCACAUUGCGCUAUACAACACGCCAUUGCUAUCUAGUUCUGCAAGUGGGGAAUGGAUGAUAGACCGGUUUGGUGUGACCCUCCCUAUGCCAACCUACCUCAACGCAUUUGUCGUCUGCGACUUUUCUAUGAUCGAAACCGAAACCAUGCACGGAACACAGGUGAGAGCUUUUUCGCAACCGGGCCGGAUCGAUCAAGCUCAAUACAGCCUCCAAGCAACCAAGGACAUUCUCGAGUUCUUUGAACAUCAUUAUCGAAUCCUGUAUCCCAUGGACAAAUCUGACUUGGUUGCCGUGCCGGACAAGGGUGGUGCCAUGGAGAACUGGGGACUGGUGUUGUACAGAGAAGGUAUAAUGCUCUAUGAUACGGAGAAGGAUUCAGUUUCGCAACACAAGAGCCGAGCGACAGUCAUCGGUCACGAGAUUGCUCACCAGUGGUUCGGAAACCUUGUCACCUGUCACUGGUGGACACACAUCUGGUUGAACGAAGGUUUCGCAUCGUUCCUAGAGUGGCAAGGGGCCGACAAGAUAGAACCGGAGUGGAAACUAUGGGAGCAGUUCGUAGUUGAUAACCUACAGUCUGUGAUGCGGUUAGACUCUGUCCCCUCUGCCAGAGCACUCGUCGUCCCUGACGACGUCAUCAACACGCCGUCAGAAAUCAGCUCAAUGUUUGACAGUAUUACGUACGACAAGGGUGGUGCAGUGUGCCGAAUGAUGGAGUACAUUAUGGGGACAGACAGCUUCAACAACGGUUUAACGCUGUUCCUGGAACGGCACUCGUACGGCACGGCUACCACUAGCGACCUUUGGGACGCCUUACAAGAGCAAUCGCUACUAGAUGGCAGCAGCGCAGACAUGCUCGACGGGCAGCACAUACAGACCAUCAUGAACACGUGGACACUACAGAAUGGCUACCCCGUCAUAACGGUGACGAGGGACUACGUGAACGGUGGCGCCACCGUCAGCCAGCAGCGAUUUCUUCGCGACAGCAGUCCAACCAGGCAUCUUACCAGGAACUACAAUCAGAGCUACGAGUUGGCGCUUGAAUGGGUUACAGCCGACCGGGAUAGCUGGACAUCUCCAGAAAGACUGUGGAUGCACGGGGAUGCAGAAGGUGAGUAG